AUGAAGGUCCGUACUGCACGACGCAGUACUAAGCUCGUUCUUGCGUUAAUCUGUGCGCUCACCAUUGCGCCGACGCCGUCAUCAGCAUGGUCGUUCUCGUCGCUCUUUGGAGGCGACGAUGAUGACGAUAAAUCCGGUUCAGAUGCCAGGAACACCUCACAAAACGACACGAAAACUCCAGCGAAGCAAGAGGCCGAGGAUCUCUCCGAUGGUACCGACAUUAACGUGACUCAGCCUCUUCUUAAGCCUGAAGACUGGUUCAUCACAGAGAAGGAGAUCGUCGCGUCUCGCGGUGGAAUUCCUCGUGAUGGACUGCAGACGUAUACGACCGGUAAUAAUGUCACGGUCUACACGGUGGCGAACGAGUUCUUUACUGCGGUUGUGAACGAUUUUCGGGCGACUAAGGAGGGCGAUCGCGUCAUGUAUUCCGGAUGGGAUACGUGUCUUAUUCCGUUCGAGGCUGACAUUGACCCCACAGGUUCCACGACGGGCUUCGACGUCAUGUUCAAGGGAAUCGUGAAACGCGGAGGAAGCGUCAACAUCUUGUCGUGGUCGAAUUAUUUACUCACUUCUCAGAACGUCAAGGCACGGAAUGCGAUCAACAAAAUCCCUCCGUCUCCAAUCAACGGAGCCAAAGCCUUGUAUCUCUUCGACGACAGACUCCCCAUUGCAUCCUCGUCUCACCACCAGAAGACGAUCGUCAUCGCAGCAAACAAGUCGACAGGAAAGGACGACCACCCUAUUGCGUACGUUGGCGGUAUUGACCUUACCAACGAUCGCUGGGACACUAUUUACCAUAACAAUACUGCCAUUCGAGAAGCUGCCAAUAUCCCGUUUCGUAACAAAGGCUGGGUAGACGCACACUUCCGUAUCCAUGGACCGGCCGCGAAAGAAGUGGCCAACAACUUUCUACAGCGCUGGAAUUCGGACUACAAACCGAACCAGGGGAUUGAAGACGAUCUGCUUAGCUUCGACAAUCCGGACUAUGAAAAACUGCCCCCGAUCGACUAUGCAAGCAGCAAUACCUCAUCGAAACUGGGCAACCAGAACAUCCAGAUCGUUCGGACUUUUAGUUGCAUUUACAAACACUACAAGGAGUUCGCGCCGCGUGGUGAACAGUCUCUCUUUAGAGCUCGUAUCAAGGCCUUAAAGAACGCCAAAAACUUCAUCUACAUCGAGGAUCAGUACUUCAUCUACGUACCAGAGCUCCUCGAUGCAGUUAUGGAGGUUUUGCCCAGAAUUCAGAGGCUUAUUGUGGUGCUCCAGCCUCCUGAUGCUCUACUUAAGGCGUCGGGGUACGGGAGAUAUAUCUACGAGAUGAUUCACCCCAUGAAGGAAAAAUUCCCCAACAAGGUCCAGAUCUACACUACUAAAGCCGAACUCGACAUCUACGUCCACACUAAGCUCGUACUCAUUGACGACGUAUACGUAUCACUGGGCUCAGCUAACUGGAACCGCCGUAGUAUGACGUCGGACUCGGAGCUCAACGCAAAUGUGAUCGAUGAUGAAACAGUGGAGUCUCCUGAUGGUAUCACUGUACUGAAGCUGGCUCGGGAUAUGCGUAUUCGCAAGUUCGUGGAGAUGACUGGACUGAGUUACAAGAAGCUAAACGCGAUGAAGUUCAUUGAUGCAGCAGACGAAUUCAAGGUGGCUGCGAAGAGCAAGUCGACUAUUCUAACCGACUUUAGUGUCUCGUACAGUCUCUACUACGAAACAUUCAUCAGCAAGUUCCGCGAACAGGUUGAUCCGCAAGAAGUGUGCAGCUUUACGGGCGACGGUUCCAUGAGGGAUCUUCAAUAGAGUAGAGCGGUUGAGUUUAAGAGAGUACGAGCGAUAGUUUUCUCUCGGGGGGAGGCAGUGGCUACAUGUCAUAAAUUAUCAGUUACUGUCCGUACUCGUUUUGCACCUUCGUCUACAGCCCGAAUUGAACUCGACGGCCUGAAAAAAAAAAAGAAUGGCAUAAACAAC